CGAACGUGUACUGUGUUAGGAUGGCGCGGAGCUGCUGGCUGAAAUAUGCUUGACGAAAAUUUUAUAUCGCCUUUUACAAGCUAAUUGAGAAUCGCCGAUUGACUGCAAACGACAUUGUGCGCACGCGACAGCAUGAGUGUCAGAUCUUGAACUCUGCUCUACGGUGUUUGGUUCAUAUUUUCAUAUACGCCUGUUGUCGUUAGCUCACUCCCAGAGAUAACAGUAACGUUAGCUGAUCAAAAUGGAUUCAAUGGAUGAGUUGUAUGGAGACAUUGUUGACAAGUCUUCUGGUACUCCUCUCCAUCACAGUGAGGACUCUGUGGACAUUUACUCUGGCCUGGAGAAUAGCCCUAAGUGUGAUGGGCACAGAGUUAACACUAUCCUUUCUCCACGGACCAUGGAAUCUAUGGAUAUAUAUGAGGAAAUUAUCAGAGAAGAACAAGAAGAAAAGGAAGCAACUUACAAUGAGUUGAAGCAAAAAUUUGAUGGCGCACAAAAGCAAGUUAAUGAACUCCUGUCAAAGUUACAGCUACUGCAGACAAAGAAUUCAAGUUUAAGCUCUGAAAACAUUCUUCUGAAGAAGAACAUUUGCUCUCUCAUCAAGACUGCUAGAAUGGAAAUUGUGCGUAAGGAUGAGGAGAUUAGCCGACUCAGCAAUAGGUCUGGUCGUGGAAGUUAUGGUCACAGUUUCUAUCAAUCUCAAAUGGGAAGUGCCUCUGCAAACACAAGACACACUUUAAACAAUUCUACAGGUUCUGUUUUAGAGUCACGAGGUGCUAGACAAGAAAAAGUUAUGGAUGAAGUAAAUCAGCAAACGGACAGGAUCACUUCAACAUCAAUUUCAGCAUCACAGCCAUUUGAGGUGCUCCAGAGAUGUCCAAGAACUGAAAGUGAAAAUCCUCUGCAAAGUCAGAAUAAAUCUGCUGCUAAAACUGAUCGUGAGAUCCUCAGUAUUCAACCACAGCAAGAGUACCGACCAGUCCCUCCUUGCAGAACUUCCGAGAGUAUAACAAAUCCCACCACAUUGCCCGAUAUCUUGAAUACUUCCAAAACAAAAAACUAUAAAAAGAGAGUUCCAGAUGAAACUACUGAUUGUCAAUUAAGUAACUUGAAGGACAAUAAGAAUUGUCCCUCAAAUCAGGAUGACAAGCUAGAAAAGCCACAAAAAUGCACAAGUAAGGAUCAAAUGUGUAACUCCAAAAAUAAGGAUGUGUCACCACAGAGUAAAGCAGACUUGAGCAAGCCAGUAAGAAUGGAAAAAGAGCUGACAAAGGAUAAUUCUGUGUCUAGUGAAAACAGGAGUCAGCAGCUUGAGGUUCCAGUUGUUCUUAAAAGUUCAGAGCAAUUGAAAAGUCAUUCUUCCCAGUCACACAAAUCCUUUUCAUCUGCUUCGUCUCACUCCAGAACCUUAAUUAAGAAAGCAGCAGACACGGAGGUGCAGAGUCAAGGGCACAUGCAUAAACAAAACGCAGAAAGAACAAGCAGAGAAACGAGACAAUCUGGAUUGAGCAGUACAGAAUGCACUGUGGUCAGUGAAGAAAACCAUUCUCAAAGCCACAAAGGGAAGAAAAGAGAUGCAAGUGGUUCUGAAAGAAAAGAGGAGAAACGUUCUAGUACAGAGAGGAGGAGCAGCAAAACUGAAAGAAGCCGAGACCAUGAGCAAAAGAGGCCAAAGGAGAGUAACCGGAGCAAAAGAGAUGAGGGUAACAGCUGCAGCAGCAGAGAAAGAAGAAGCAACAGGUCAGAGAGUAGCAGAGACCAUGAGCGGAGAAGUACAAAGGGGAAGGAUAAUAAAGACCAAGAUAAAAGAUCUACAAAACAAGUGGAUGGCUCAGAUAGUAGGCGAGCUGUUUCUUCUCCCAAACAUGAUUCUCAACGGAAGGAUGUUAAUAAGGAGAAAUCUUCAAGCAGACUUGAUGAGGUUCCAUCAAAAAGUAAGAGCUCUCAUAGACAUGACAAAUCUAGAAGGACGGUGGACUUAAAAUACCUCAGUAAAAGUAGAAAUUCUGAUAAGACUUGUUUAGCAGAUAAGGAAAUAGAGAAGGACAGAAAAAGAAAUGGACAUUUGGAAGAGAAUCGGGUUGAGAAGGAUGGAGAAUCCAAAAAAUUAAUUAAGGAUGACAGAAAGAAGUCCUCUAAAAAGCACAAAACUAGCAGAAGAUGUCAAGACAUUGAGAAUGGGCAGGACAUGCGUCUUGAAUCUGUUCAUUUAGAAUCACCAUCAGUGGUAUCUGUCAGUAGCAGUCCCUGCAAAACAGCCGAGGAUUAUAGUCCAGAUAGAAAACUGAGUUUUAUGGAAACACUGAACCUCACCCUGUCACCUCUUAAAAAGCAGAAACCGUCUUCUGCUCCCAAAGAAGCCACUGGAGGAAUAUCUGAAGAUGUCAUCUUUCAUAACAGCAGAUGUUCAGAUUCCGGGGAGGAAUUCUUUGUCAUAGAUGAAUUAAAGAACAGCCAGAACAGUGUUGAGGAAAUGGAUGAGAUCCCUGAGCUUACAAAUGCAGAAGACCUUACCUGUUCUUUCAAACAGUCUGAAAAUGCUUUGGAUAUGAUGACAGCUGUAACCUCUGAGAAGCUCUCAACAGAAAAAAUAGAAAUAGCAAUACAAAAUAAGAAUGUCACCGAAAAUCAAGAGACUGUGGACGAAGUGGCAGCCAUUGUUAACCCCUCAGAAGAGAAAAAAGACACAUCUUUAGAAUCCAAAAUAUUAGACACUGAUUCAAUUUCAGUAAUAACUCUUACAAAAGAAUCUCCCGAUUUUGCAAGUCAGAGCCAUGCGGAAGAUUCUCCAGGAACUAUAGAUAAUGCUGUUGCUGUUUUUAACACUUCACCUGCUAAACCAUCAGAAGAUGCAAUUUCAGAUAAUGUUCCUCAGUCAAUAGUUGAUGGUUGUCUGCAACCAGAUCUUUUUGCCACCGUGUCUAAAGAGACUUCUCAGAAGGAGUUUCAAGGAAACACCCUGCCAAUGUCUAAAGAUGUUCUACUAGAAUCAAAUGAGAUUUGUCAGGGUGCUGUGUCAUCCUCUGACAAGGAGCACAAUAGUGCUACGAUUAAUUCCUCUGGGAAUUCUGACAGUUCUGUCAGUAUGGAAGUUUCGUCUAGCACAAUUUGUGCAGAUCUUAAUGGCCCAAGCAAAGUAAUUUGUGAUUUUGAACAAGUUGAUUCUGCAGAAGACGAUAGAGAAAGGGAAAUAUUUGAAAAUAUAAAAAUGAUGGAAACACAGCAGACAUCUGAAAAUCUAAAAAUAUCUGAAACAUCCCUUCAAAGUCCAUUACGGAGUGAGAACACUAAGGCUCCAAAUGAUGGCACCAGUGUUGAAAAGGAGACCAUAUCAUUCUCCCAGUCUAGUUUCUUAGAGCCAGAUUCCACAGAGAAAGAGGAACAAAUACCAAAGUCAUCUAACUCUGUUCUGUUUUGCCAUGAUGAAGACUCUAUGAUGCUUACACUUAGAAACAUCAGAGUUAUUCCAGAGCCCAUCAGCCCUCUCACAAGCCCAGUUCGUCAGGUUAAGAAAGUACAACCUCCACUUGCUGAGAAACAACCACAUGUCAAAAGUCUUAGCAAAGAUCUCUCAACUGUAACAGCUGGCAGUGAGAAGGAUAAAGUCAACAUGGACAUGAACAAGGAGAAUAAGUCACCCGACUCUUCAGUCACAUGUUCAUCAUACAACGUGACAAAAGAUGCUCUCUCAGCCAGUGGGAAUGAAGAAGAUGAGUUAGAGGACGGUGAGAUAGUGAGUGAGAGUGAAGAAGAGGGACCUCUGUUUAUCCAGACUCCUCCAAGAGAAAAAGACAAAUCAGCCUCAGGGGCUCGUACAAGUCCAAAGCUAUCUGCAUCUGGGAAAAGAGUCCCCCAAAAGAAAUCUUUAGUCCCUGCAAAAUAUUCAGAGCGAAGUAAGAGUUCAAAGUCAGCUUCUGCUAAUGACAGUCCUACCUCAAGCAAGAGGCGCUUUAAAACUGUCAGCCCACCACUGACAGCAGCAGUCUAUACUUUAGAUGGUUUUAUGGACAUGUUAGGAUCUAUUCGACAUGAGUUAAGGAAAAAGUAUAUGAAGCUUCAGAAAAAUGUCACCAAGACUGCCUUCUGCUGUAUAGUGGAGAUGUCUCAUGCAUCUUUUACAGAAUUUAUCAAUGCUGUUGACUUGGAUACAUUGUGCUGCAAAGCUAGUGACAUCAAAGUUCAACUUAAUAAGAUAGUUUCAUCUAUCAUGAGCAAGGUCACCAAGAAUGGCAUUGUGAAUCGGAUCUUUGAGCAGAGAGCUGGAGACCUAAAGCAGAAGUUGUGGACAUUUGUCGAUGGGCAGUUUGAUUUUUUGUUCAAGGAAUUGAAGUUGGCUCUCAAAUGUGUAUCUGAGCCAUCCAAGACUACCUCAUUUGAGAAUAAAAAUUCAACUCUUAAAAGAAAAGAGUUUGAAAGUGAGACUGUAGAAAAAGAACCUUUUAGCACACCUGGGCCUCUUCACACUGCCAAGAAGCCAAAAGUUGACACAGGAAGUUUCAUCAGAGAGGUCCUUCCACGUAAUCUGCCUCGAAGGGGUCUUGGGAGCAGGGGUAAAAAUAUAAAAGCUGUUAUGAAUGAAGAAAAUCAGCCAGCAAAAUUGGCAACACCGCAUAAGCUACCUACUUCAUCCUCAGAAAGGUCUGUCCAGGAAGGUACCUCUGGAUCUGAGAAUAAAAGCUCUUCCUACGUCCGACGUCUUUCCCAUAAUGGAUCGAUUCAAGAUAAAUCUGACUUUGAACUUCUCACCGAGCAGCAAACAUCAAGUUUAACCUUCAACUUGGUGUCUGACUCUCAAAUGGGAGAGAUAUUCAAGUGUCUUUUGCAAGGAUCUGAUUUGCUUGAAUCAAGUGUUACUGUUGGUGAGAAUACAAGUUGGCCACUCAGCACACCUCGCAAGGAGGGACUAGCUUGUGAGAGCUUGAUUGGAUUUAUGACCCCCAACAAGACCCCAUUUAAAUCAAUCACACCCUGGUCUUCCAUUUCUCCCUACAAGUUUCCUUCAAACAGCAAAAUGGUGGUAGACCCAGCAAUUCUUGACGAGAGCUGCUUGUUAGAAGUUCCCUCUAAUUCAGAACCAUGCCAGCUUGCUCUUCAGUCAACUGUAGUCUCCCAGAGGUCCUUCUCCAUCUUGGCGGAAGAUCUAGCCGUAUCCCUUACCAUUCCCUCACCACUGAAGUCAGAUAGCCACUUGAGUUUCCUGCAUCCUGGAACUGGACAGCCACUGUCUGCCCCAAACAGUGUCCUUAGUGCUCAUUAUAGUGAAGAUGCUCUUCUUGAUGGAGAAGAUGCCACUGAGCAGGAUAUCCACCUUUCACUGGACACUGACAACUCUAGUUGUGGGUCGAGCCCCAGCAGGACUUGGGAGGGUUCUGAUCAAUUGGGUUUCCAGUUUCAGCCGAAUUUGCCAAUGCAGGCGGUGGUAAUGGAGAGAUCAAAUGAUCACUUCAUUGUGCGGAUAAGGCGGACAUCCACUAGCCCAAGUGAAGGGAAAGCAGUACCAACAUUAGCUAAAUGUCCAGAGCCAUCUCUUAAGCCUAAUGUCAAUCUGACCCAUGAAGACUUGAGUUCUGCACCUGGAGAGAUGUUGACCAAAAGUCCAACCAAGGUAAACAAGCCCUGUCACAUUUCAGAAACGGUAGAAUCUCAACCAUCAAGCCAAAAGUCUUCAUCUGAAGGUGAUAAAACAUUCUGCAACAAUGCCAAGCCUGUUUCCAAAGAAGUGUGUUUCCAAAGAAGCAGGGAUAUUGAGGAAAACAGUGCAACAGAGGUUAAAACAUCAGAGAAGGUGUCAGAAAGUUUAAGCAACAACAUUCAGAGCUUAAGUGCACCAGAAACGGAACCCGAGAGGGUGUCAAGGAAACGCAAGGACCGCCAAUCGGAGUCAAAAUCAAAGCGCUCAAAGGUAGAAAAAUCUAAAGAAAAACAUUCCAAGUCCAGACAUAAGAAAAAGUCAAAACCCUCUAAAGAAAAAGUCUUAAAAACUGCAACACCCCCAGUGUCUCCUAGCAGCCUUUCUGCUAAGAAUGUAAUCCGAAAGAAAGGGGAAGUGGUGGUGUCAUGGACCAGGGAUGAAGAUCGGGAUAUCCUUGUCGAGCUUAAAAUGAAGGGAACUUCACCCAAGACAUUUGCUGCUCUGUCGAAAAAGUUGAAGAAAUCAACAGAGCAGAUUGAGGAGCGAUUUUCUCAGCUUAUGAAGCUUUUUAAGAAGAAAGAGAAAAUGGAGAAUUGAUUGGACCAGCAAAAACUUGAAUGAAAUGGUGAUACCAUUACCUCCAUGACCAUCUAAUGAGGAAAUGCAAUACAGUGAACAUGAAAGUCAGUGUAUUUGCUCGGUGACUGUUGUUGUUUCAGGGCACUGACAGCUGUAACUCACUA